AUGAGUGGAACUUGUGAGUUGUGCAAAAAGGAAAAGGAGACCAUCUGCCAUUUGUUUUGGUUCUAUGAUCACGCUAAAGGGGCUUGGACAACAAGUAAAUUGGUUCUUCCCUUUAAGAUCCCUCCGAGAUGGAGUUUCUUGGAUGUGGUGGAGAACCUACUGAGAUGGGAAGAUACCGGUCUUGGUUUGCUGGAGAAGGUCAUCACAGUCUGUUGGGGUAUUUGGAAGAAUAGGAACGUGCUCCGUUUGGGUGGUAAAGGACAAGCAGGUCGCACCCUCUUGAGGGGUGCCAUGCACUUGGUUGAUGAUUUCCUUGCAGCAAAUGAAUUAAAAUCUAGAAAUCGGGUUAAAGCUUUUCCCAUAAUGGUGUGGCAGCCACCAAGUCGUGGUCACUAUAAAGUAAACACUGAUGGUGCCGUCUUCUCAAACAGAAAACAAGCAGGUGCUGGUGUAAUUAUCAGGGAUGAUUCUGGGGAAGUGGUCGCAGAGCUGAGCAAGAAAUGGAAAUGUCCCCUGGGUGCUGUUAAAGCCGAAGCAAAAGCCUUGGAAACUGAUGUUAAUUUUGCCAGGGACGUGGGGGUUAGAGACAUUGAGUUAGAGACUGAUUCGCUAGAGAUCUAUAACGCAGUACAAGGGCUGGCCUCCUCGUUGUCUUCAGUGGCGAACGUGUUAGCUGGACUCAUGAACCAAGCCUCGUCUUUUAGACAGUGGAAGUUUUCUCAUACCAAAAGGCAGGGAAAUGUCCCUGCUCAUGUGUUGGCCUAA